ACAUGUGUUGUGUGACUUGUGUCCUAAAACAAGCCCCUGAGCAGUCCUUACUGGCUGCGGUUUGUUUCUAGACACCCAAAAGCACAUAACCAGCUAAAAAAGAGGUGUUGCGUCAACGGGAAAACCAUUGCUUGCACAAGCACAGACUAACAUUGGAAACCCUAAUUCCAAUUGGAUGGGAACGGUGCUCAGGGAAUUAGGGUUUUAGGUUUUAGAUAUUUGAAGAAGCAUAUUAAUGAUGUGGGUUUUGCUUUAAAGUUCAAGAUUUUGGAUUUGGUGAAGAUAGAUAAUUUUUUAGAGAGAGUUGAAACAAUGGGGUCGAAUGAAAUGAAUAGUCGAAUUGAUACUUUGGAGCUCAAAUCUUUGAUUCUUAAAAAGUUUGGGCAUCAAAGAGCAGAUAAAUACUUUGAUCAGCUUACAAGAUUGUUUAGUUUGAAGAUUACCAAAUGUGAAUUUGAUAAGUUUUGUCUUAGGAUUAUUGGUAGGGAAAAUAUCUCUCUUCACAACCACUUUAUUAGAUCUAUUCUCAAGAAUACUUGCCUUGGGAAAGUUCCACCGCACAAAGGUGUUGAAAGAGCAGGAAGUAACCUUACUGUUAAAACUGCAAAUGGGUAUAAGAGAAAUUGUCUUCAGUCGCUUUACAGGGAAGCCUUUCCUUCUUCCCCACGCAAGGGGAGAUCGCCUGUUAGUCGAGAUCGCAAGUGUAGGGACCGCCCAAGUCCUCUGGGCCCACUUGGGAAGCCCCAAAGCAUGGCAUGUGAGGAAUUGAAUUCCAGGGCCCAAGAGCAGCAAAGCGCUACAGAAUUGCUUUCAACAGGUAGCAGACCUCCAAUUGAAUUUGCUUCUGUGGAAGAUGGAGAAGAGGUUGAGCAGAUGGCAGUAAGCCCUGGUGUUCAGAGCAGAAGCCCAGUUACUGCUCCUUAUGGUAUAUUGAUGAAUCUAGGUGGAUCCCGUAAAGCGCUUUCAAAUAUUUCUAGAGGGAGUAAUUACAUUCCAGAGACCUGUCUAAAUAGUGGAGAGCUACCAGACACAAGAUCAUUAAGAAGUCAUUUGGAGCAGAAGUUGGAGAUGGAGGGCAUCGGUGUGUCCUUGGACUGUGUUAACCUGCUAAAUAAUGGGUUGGAUGUGUAUUUGAAGAGGUUAAUUGAGCCUUGUAUGGCUCUAGCUGGCUCAAGGUGUGAUAAUGAGCAGUUGAAAAGUGCAAGUGGUGAGUUCAUUCCUGGUCUGAAUGGAACAUUACCUGGGAGAUAUGCACAAAGACAGAGAAAAUCAGUUAAUGCAUCCAUGUUGGAUUUUCGUUUUGCAAUGGAGUCAAAUCCCCAGAUACUCGGGGAGGAUUGGCCCGUGCAACUUGAAAAAAUUUCCUUGCGUGGUUUUGAAGAGCGAUAAAUACCAUCUUCACUGUUGUAUUAGAAUUAAGUGGUCGAUGAAAUGGGUUUUCAGUUGAUAGCCACUUACAUAGAUAAUUCAGUUUUUUGAAUCGAUCAUUUACUCCAAUUUUGCUCUCCUCUUGGCGUGGAGCUUUACAGACAGUCCCAAGGGGAAUAAUAACUAGCAGAAGCUGUGGAAAUCUUUGGCCAGCUUGACCAGGUUGCCUUUAAAUGCCAGCAGUCAUAAUCGUUGAAGGGAAACUUGUUUAUACAGUACAGUGUAAUUCUAGAUACAGAUUAGAGCUUAGCUAUUUUAGGAAAUUUACACGAUUCUUCUACCAAUCUCUUUUGGAUUUUGCCUCCCUGUAGCGUGUGGGGUUAUCAAUGAACAAAAGUUUCUUUGAUUUGGAAUGA